AUGCGCUGCGCUGUGAUCGUCGCCCUCCUCUGCCUCGCCUCCCUGGCCCUCUUCGCCAAUGCCGCCAACCUGCUCGAAGUGAGCAAGACUGUGGAGGCUGGUCCUAAGACCGGCGUGUACACUGUCACGAUUGGCUACAAGGUUAUCGGUGCGCCUGGUCGCGUGGCCAACGUCAACAUCGCUGAUUCGCUCCCUGAGGAACUUGAUCUCGUCUCUGGUGACCUCGUUGUGAAGGCUGAGGAUCCCUCGACCGAGGAGUGGUAUUACCACUCGUACCAGGUGAAGAACAAGAACGUGCACCUCACCAUUGCUGAGCCCGAGGCCGUCGUGGAGCUCCCUCCCGCCGAGGUGAGCUACACCACUGGUGGCAACGCCGUCAGCACUGUCAGCACCGACGCUGUCCCCCUCGUGAUUGGUGUCCCCUUCCCCAAGGGCACUUUCAACCUCACUCCCGUGAUCGCGUUCUUCACGCUCGCGCUCCCCGUCCUGGCUGCCGUCUACCUCAUCCCGUAUUUCAGCACCUCGCAGCUCAAAAAGAGGAAGUAA